AUGGCAUCAUCCUCGGCGUACCGCCAAACGCAAAUCUUUUUGAAAAAGACCCGGGACCGAGUGCUCUCGGGUAAUAACGAUGCUCUGAUGAUAAGUUCUCGUUUCCGUUUGAUCGAUGCGAAAGGUGAAGUCUUAGGUCGCUUAGCGUCUCAGAUUUCCUACGUUUUACAAGGGAAAGACAAACCGACGUUCGAUCGAUCGAAACCUCUCGGGGACGCGAUAGUGGUGAUAAACGCGAGCAAAAUACAUUUAAGUGGAAGGAAAAUGGAACAGAAAAAGUUUCACAGGCACACCGGUUACGUUGGAGGUUUAGUCACUCGGACGGCGAAAGCGAUGCACGCGAGAGACGAGACGUUUUUGAUUCGGAAAGCGGUGGAACGAAUGUUACCGGACAACCAACUGAGAAAAGAACAUUUGAGAAAGUUGAGAGUGUUUCCGAACGAAGAACAUCCUUUUAAAGAUUUAAGCGCAGAUCGGCUGGUGCCGUUUGAAAUGCCUUUGAGAGCGUUGAAACGAUCGGAUGGGGAGGACGAGUAUAGAUUGGAGACGGAGAGCGGAAACGACGACGAAGAAGACGACGGGUGGCAAAGAAGAGUUUAG